AAGAAGAAGAAGAAGAAGAAGAAGAAGAAGAUGAAGAAGAAGAAGAAGAAGAUGAUGAUGAUGAUGAUGAUGAUGAUGAUGAUGAUGAUGAUGAUGAUGAUGAUGAUGAUGAUGAUGAUGAUGAUGAUGAUGAUGAUGAUGAUGAUGAUGAUGAUGAUGAUGAUGAUGAUGAUGAUGAUGAUGAUGAUGAUGAUGAUGAUGAUGAUGAUGAUGAUGAUGAUGAUGAUGAUGAUGAUGAUGAUGAUGAUGAUGAUGAUGAUGAUGAUGAUGAUGAUGAUGAUGAAGAAGAAUAG